UUUCCUAUACAAUAUUUUUACAUCACUUUUUUUUUUGUGUGUAUUUAUACAUGUAUUUCUAUUUGCCUUGUUGAGCUGGAUGUCUUUCGGAAAUAGCCUCUCUACCUGACCUUUUAGGUAGUAUGGACUAUGUACAGUUACCUUCCCACACCCCACUUUGUAGAAAUAUGGUGGGUUUGUGGUUGUUGUUGUUGUAUUUGUACAUGUAGUAUAUACACGCAUGUAUACAUGCAUUAUGUGUGUAUUUGAGAGAUGAGAGUCUAUUGGAAACACCCUCUCUACCCUGCAAAGGUAGGGGUAAGGUUAGCAUAAUUCCUACCCUCCCUAAACCCCAAGUAUGGGAUUACAUGGGGUAUGUUGUUGUUGUAUAUAGGGAUUGAAGGAACGUAUCCAUUGUAUUGAUUCUGCUUUAGGUGUCUUUUUUUUUUCUUGCAAUGUUGUUAGUUUAAUUUGAAUAAAUUGUCAAAGGCUUGCCUUUUUGGUGUAAUUUGUCUUUAAGCUGCAUUGGCAAGUGGUUGAUUGUUUCCAUUCUUGUAGCAUUAUGCAUGUUUAGUACUGCCAUCGAUAUGCUAAUAUGUUUUGAUCAAACCUGUGUACCACUCUGAUUAUACAAUGUAGAUUAUAGAAUUACUCCCUCCAUUCCAAUUGAAGUGUCUUAGUUUGGCUAGGCACAAAGUUUAUGAGAUAAAAGAAGACUUUUGAAUCUUGUGGUUUUAAACUUGCCAUGUAGAUUGGAAUUGGAAGUUUACUAAAUAUAGAAAGAGGAGCUCUUUUUGGGACAUACUAGAACAGAAAAUAAGACACUUGGGAUGUGCUUGUACUCUUUGGCACAUUAUCGCCCGUUAGUAGUUAUGUACAGAGAAACUGUGUAAGGUCUUCCAAUUUCGCCUGCAUUCCAGUAGAAAACAGAGUAGUAGUUGAGCCAGUUAAACUCGUGUCAUAUGAUUCUCGAACUAACUGAGCACCAUAUUGUAUAAGAGCGUCUAGGGAUUUUGUUGUUGAUUUUGUAAUUAGGGCAUAUGCAUGUUGGUUGCUGAUAUUGGAAUUAGGGUGGUGCUUUUAUUUGAUUUAAUUUUGAUGUAAUUGCUGAAACAGAUCACUGAGUUUCAACAUUCUCGUUUGGGUUCGUGUUAUUGUUCUGAAGUCUUGAUGGUAUCUUUAGUUAAAAUUUUAUCAAAGAAACACAACCUGAGUGUCACCAUAAUUAUGCCUUUUAUAUUGGUAGCUCUCCUAUUUCUCUCUGCCUUUAGUCUGUGGUGGUACUUGAUGCACAUAUUAAGGAAUUUGAUAUAGAAAUUUCUGAAAAUCAGUCUCAGAGAUGAACCUUUCAAUUUCUGUUGUUCGAAACAAUUAGUCAAGUAUGCUUGGGUGACACGAGAAACAGCUUAGGGGUUGUUUGGUUGAGUGUAUUAAAAAAAAUAAUGCUUGUAUUAGUUGUGUGUAUUAUUAUUAUUACCUUGUUUGGUAUACUUUUUUGACCUAUGUAUAACUAACACAAGCAUUAGUUAUACACUAUUGUGUAUUAAGGUUAUAUACACCACUUUCUAUGCAUUAACAAUACAAAGCAAUUUAACACAUGUAUUAACUAAGUAAAUGACAUAAUUACCCCUCAAUUCUCUAGAUAUUUCCCAUCAUUUUCCUCAAUUCUCUCUGUAUUGAACCUCUUUUUUUUUUUUUUUUUUUAUACAUAUUGCUUAUUUGGGUUAUCAAAUGAAAAUCAAUGGCGCGCCAGAUAACCACACUUCACAGAACUUCCCAAUUUCUCCGAGACUGUACGACGCUUCAUAGAAUUUUUAAUUUUUCCGAUGCCUCGACCCGUAAUGAAUUUUUCGACCCGAAAAUGAACUCACCCUGGAAAAGUAAUGGUAGCCUUCAACAACAAUUGGAUCUGGGAUCAUUUACUUUCAAGAACAAUGCCUCUAAUUUGAACUGCAAUCAAAUGAAUUUGAGAUUUCUGCAAUAAUUAUUGUUGCCGCCUACCUCCUUCUUUCACUUGAAAGAGUGUGUGCAAAGUUUAAAAGGAUAAUUUUGUAAAUAAAUAUUAUUUUAUAAAAAAUUAAUUUUUUAUAUAUUUUUUAAUACAUCGAACCAAACAGUGUAUUAGAAAUGUUGACUGCCAGCAUAAUUAAUACAUGCAUUAUUAAGGCAAGCAUUACUAAACACCAUAUUCGACAUUAUUCUUACAUACUUUACCAAACGACCCUUAAAGUAUUCAAACUAAUUAGUUUAUUUAUUACUAUCGAUCUCAAUUUAUAUGAACAUAACUAAUUAAUUUAUUUAUUAUUUCUCGAUCUCAAUUUACAUAACACAUACUUAAUUUUUUAAAUAAAAUUGACCUAUUUAGAAACUAAAUAAAGAUUAUUAUAAGCUAUAACAAUUCACAAUUCAAAGUAUUUAAAAAAAUAUAUUGUAAAUCAGGAUCAAAGAAAAGACUUAUUUAAGUAUCUAAAUUCUAAAAAAUAUCUAAUAAAUGAGCAUGGGUGGAGCACGAGCAAACAUGAUGCACUGUUUCUGUCACUCUAUCUAAUAUUUUAUCUAAAAAAAUCCCUAUUUUCCCGCAAAAUCCUCGAUCCCAAUCCACCUACCAUGUUUGUGACAGAUAGGAGUUGACUAAGCAUCAAAUGCUCAAUAAAACCAAACCUUCAUACAACAUGAAAACCAAGAAACCAAAACCAAAUCCAAAAAACAAAAAAAUGGCUUCUUCACCUGCUGUUCAACACAUUUCAGAUUGUUUCAUUAAGCCACUUUACAAUUCAGAAGAAUCCCAAAAACCAUUUUAUCUAUCAUCAUGGGAUUUAGCAAUGCUUUCACUUCGAUACAAUCAAAGAGGUAUCCUUUAUACUAAGCCUUCCUCUUUUCAACUAGAUCCAUUUUUGCAAAAACUUAAAGAAUCCCUCUCAAUUACCCUUGUCCAUUUUUACCCUUUAGCUGGUCGACUUAAAACACUUAAACAAGAAAAUCCCCCUCUUUACACUGUCUAUGUUGACUGUGCUAAUAGUCCCGGUGCAAGAUUUAUCCAUGCUAAUCUUGAUUUAACUGUUUCUGAUAUACUUUCACCAAAAGAUGUGCCUUUAAUUGUCCAAUCAUUUUUUGAUCAUGAUAGAGCAAUUAACCAUGAUGGGCAUGAAUUAUCUUUGUUAACUAUUCAGGUUACUGAACUAAUUGAUGGAGUUUUUAUUGGUUGCUCAAUUAACCAUGUGUUAGCUGAUGGUACUUCUUAUUGGCAUUUUUUGAACUCUUUUUCUGAAGUUUUCAAAGCCAAUAAUGGGCAAAAACAGCUCAUUCCCAUUUCGAAAACUCCUAAUUUUAACCAUUGGUUUCCAGAAGGACAUGGUCCGAUUAUUAAUCUUCCAUAUACUCAUCAUGAUCAAUUCACUAGUAGACGAGAAUACCCGAAAAUGAGGGAAAGAUUCUUCCAUUUCUCAUCAGAGUCGUUAAAGAAACUCAAAGCUAAGGCCAAUCACGAAGGUAACACGAACAAGGUUUCGACUUUUCAAGCUUUGUCAGCUCAUAUGUGGAGAUGCAUAACAAAGAUCCGCGAAUCGCCAUCUGAUCAGGUAACAAGCUGUAGAAUGGCGAUUAAUAACAGAUCAAGAUUGGAUCCUCCUUUGCCCGAAUAUUAUUUUGGAACUUGCAUGCAAACAAUUAGUGGAACUGCCUCAGUGGGAGAACUUCUUGAGAACAACCUUGGAUGGGCAGCUUGGAAAUUGCAUGAAGCCGUGGUGAAUCAUAACAAUAAAGAAGUUCGUGAAUGGGUUGAGAAAUUGGAAACUGGUAUAGUUUUUCAAACGGGGAGAUUAUCUGAUCCUUGGAGCAUUAUGAUAGGGGGUUCUCCAAGAUUUAAUAUGUAUGGGAAUGAAUUUGGAUUGGGAAAAGGAGUGGCACUUAGAAGUGGAUAUGCACAUAAGUUUGAUGGGAAAAUGAGUUUGUAUGAAGGGAUUGAAGGUGAUGGUAGCAUGGAUUUGGAAGUUUGCCUUUUACCUGACUUCAUGGCUUCUCUUGAAAGUGAUAAGGAGUUCAUGGAUAGUUUGUCAAGUUAAUUAUUUACGUGUUAUAUAUAUAUAUAUAUAUAUAUAUAUAUGGUAGUUGGAAAAAUGUCUUUUUCCAUCUGUUUUGAGUCGAGGAUGGUCUAUCGAAAACGACCCCUCUUUCUUUUUAAGGAAGGAAUAAAAUUUAUCUAUACAUUGCCAUCCAGUACAGCCGUACUGAACUUGUGGGACUAUAGUGUAUGUUGUUGGAGAUUUGCUUUUCGUAAUUGAUGUAUUGUCAAUGUUGAUCAGUUUGAUAAGGAUUUGAUUUUGUUCAAGAUAAUAAAAAGAACUUUGGCUCUUUAGUUUUUUUCA